AUGAUUUUGGUUAUGAUUUUUAUUGUUGAAGUGAUUCCAAUUCUGGUUUUAGGAAAACCAUCCAUCAUAGAGGGCCCUAACAGUAUGGCGGUUGAAGAAAAUAAGAAAUCGGUGUUGACCUGCCUCCACGAUGUCGACAAUGCAUCCGAACAAUACACCGUGGUCAAAUGGAAGAAAGACGGGAAAGUUCUUAAGCACGACUACGACGAGGAGACCACCUCGCACCAACGGAUACGAGCGUUCAAGCAAAACGGCACCCUUGUCAUUUAUUCCACGAAACCGUCCGAUCGUGGCGACUACGUUUGCGAGAUUACGACGGCGGGAUUCGAGCCGCUCGUGUCGAAAUCCGCGACAAUUUCAGUGAUCGAGAUACUGAAGUUUUCGCCUCCUCCCGUAAAUAAAAAGUUGGAGUUGGGGAGCACGGCGAAAAUUCACUGCAAGGCCCAGGGAACGCCGCCGCCGACGAUACGCUGGGAGAAGGACGGGAAGGGGGACGGUUUCGACGCGCACAUCGCCGACACGAACGGAACUCUCCACUUUAAUGGGGUCCUAAGCGAAGAUAAAGGCAGAUACACGUGCUUCGCGAGUAACACCCAGGGCACUAUUAACGUUACGUUAACGAUUGAUGUUGUCGUGGCGCCGAAGUUCACGCUACUCUCCCACAAUCCGACGGAGGCGAUCGAGGGCUUCUCGGUAAUGUUGGACUGCGUGGCCGACGGGGAUCCGAAACCGACGAUCCACUGGGACAAGAACUUGCAGAUGAACGACUUCAAUCGUUCUCGCUUUCAAGUUUUGGAUAACGGCACACUGUACAUUAAAGAGGUGCACAGGGAGGACGAAAAUAACUACGGGUGCACGGCUGGAAGCAGUGCCGGUCUGAAUCGGAAAGAAAUCCGUCUUAUUGUCCACACACGCGAGGGUUACCACCCGGAAGGAAACGAGGCGGAAGAUUCAACUGUAACAAAGGCGGUGCUCAUAACAAUGUCGGUGGCGACUGCGUACAUAAUCCUAGUCAUUGGCCUCAUGAUAUGGUGCCGCUACCGGCGCAGGUCCCGCAAGCUGCCCAUAGCGGACGGUGCCAAAAUCGAAAACGGCGACGUCGACCACACCGAACUGAAAGAGGCGCCGAACGGGGUCGCGCCCGGAUCGUCGCAGCCCGACAAGGACGGCCUGAAAAACGCGCACAAGGAGGGCCAGAAGAGCGACGGCACGGAGACGGCGCACUCGCAGAGCUCCGCCCAGUCGAAAAAAUCGAAAUCGAGCUACGACAAGAUCCUGCUCUCUCGAUCGCACCUGAAAGACCUGAAGCUGAUCGGGCGCGGCGAGUUUGGUGACAUACUGAUCGCCUUCUUGCCGAAGAGCGCAGUGCCAGUGAGCGACAAACGCGGCUCGAACGCAAGUUUGUCGGGCGAGGACAAGGAUCUGACGGUGAUGGUGAAGUCGCUCACGCACACCAAAGACGAGGCGGCCCUGACCGAAUUUAAAAGGGAAAUCGAUCUCCUCUCCAAGGUGUCGCACGAGAACGUUGCGAAGUUGUGGGGGUUGUGUCGAGAGGUGGAGCCACAUUACAUGAUCCUCGAGUAUACAGAUUGGGGCGACCUGAAACAAUUUCUGACAGCAACCCGAAAGGGUACAUCUCAGAGCCUAACACCGGUACAAUCCGUCGCCGUAAUUCACCAUCUGGCGAGAGGCAUGGAGCACCUGUCGGCGGCACGAUUCGUCCAUCGAGAUCUGGCCGCGCGAAAUUGCCUAAUCACGUCAACGCUGACCGCCAAAGUCGCCCUACCGCGGCUCACCAAGGAACCUUAUAGCCAAGAAUAUUGCAAGCAUAUCAAUAACAUCAUACCGCUGCGGUGGUUGCCCUACGAGGCGGUUUACGAGGACGAAUACUCGACGAAGAGUGACGUUUACGCUUUCGCGGUUGUCAUUUUGGAGGUGUUCAGUCAGGGCGAACUUCCCUUUCCGAAAAUUAACGAUACCACGUUCCUGGCAAAGCUCAAGGAGAAAGCGCUCGAUUGGAAAUCGCACAAGAAUACACCUGAUGAUCUUCAAAAACUACAAGAAACAUGUUGGAAUAUAAACCCGCAGGAGAGGCCGUCGUUUGAAGAUCUGGUAAAAGAAACUGAAAAAAUUCUAAAGUCAAUGUAAAUAGUUUUAUGUAUAGCUCAGGCGUAAACCAAAUUUUAACUAUUAGAUUAUAGAGACACUUUAGAGCAAUAUGUUAAAAUGAUGAGAGAGAGAGA